UGGGCGCGGGGGGAGGCCGGGCCCACGCCGCGGCAGCCGGGAGGAGCAGCGGGGCCCGCAGGGGGCGGCCGGGGCGGCUCCUCCCUCCUCCUCCUCCUUCCCCUCCUCCUCCUCCUCUCCAGCCAUGGAAGCAGGCAAAGGAAAAGCAGCUGUGUGCAGCUAGAUCGCGCUUUGUGAUGGACGUAAAAUGCAGUUCUGACUCAGAAAGACCAGCUGUCAAAGACCCUACAGCUGUAGAAAGAGCAAAUUUACUAAACAUGGCUAAAUUGAGUAUCAAAGGACUCAUUGAAUCAGCUUUGAGCUUUGGCCGUACUCUGGAUUCUGACUACCCUCCUUUGCAGCAGUUCUUCGUUGUCAUGGAACACUGCCUGAAGCAUGGCCUUAAAGUAAGAAAAUCCUUUCUAAGUUACAAUAAAACUAUCUGGGGUCCUCUGGAACUUGUGGAGAAGUUAUAUCCAGAAGCUGAGGAAAUAGCAGCAAGUGUCAGAGAUUUACCUGGCCUCAAGACACCCCUGGGCCGUGCCCGUGCCUGGUUACGGUUAGCACUAAUGCAAAAGAAAAUGGCUGACUAUCUUCGCUGCUUAAUCAUUCAGAGAGAUCUUCUCAGUGAAUUUUACGAGUAUCAUGCACUCAUGAUGGAGGAAGAAGGAGCAGUUAUUGUUGGUCUGUUAGUUGGGUUAAAUGUGAUAGAUGCUAACCUGUGUGUAAAGGGAGAAGACCUAGAUUCACAAGUUGGGGUGAUUGAUUUCUCUAUGUAUUUAAAGAGUGAUGACGACAUUGGGGGUAAAGAAAGAAAUGUCCAGAUUGCUGCAAUUUUGGACCAAAAGAAUUAUGUUGAGGAACUAAACAGACAAUUAAAUAGCACAGUUAACAGUCUACAUGCAAGAGUUGAUUCAUUAGAGAAAUCAAACACUAAGCUAAUCGAAGAGUUAGCAAUAGCCAAAAACAAUAUAAUUAAACUUCAGGAAGAAAACCAUCAAUUAAGGAGUGAAAAUACACUUAUUUUAAUGAAAACACAGCAUCAUCUAGAGGUAACUAAAGUGGAUGUUGAAGCGGAACUUCAGACAUACAAACACUCCAGACAGGGUUUAGAUGAAAUGUACAAUGAAGCACGCAGACAACUUCGAGAAGAAUCACAGCUUCGACAAGACAUGGAGAACGAGCUAAUGGUUCAAGUUAGUAUGAAACAUGAGAUAGAACUUGCCAUGAAGUUGCUGGAGAAGGACAUCCAUGAGAAACAGGAUACUCUCAUAGGCCUUCGACAGCAGCUUGAUGAAGUUAAAGCAAUUAACAUGGAAAUGUACCAAAAGCUGCAGGUUACUGAAGAUGCUAUGAAAGAAAAGAAUGAAAUAAUUAGUCGAUUAGAGGAUAAGACCAAUCAAAUUAAUGCAACUAUGAAACAACUAGAACAAAGAUUGCAGCAAGCAGAGAAGGCUCAAAUGGAAGCUGAGAAUGAGGAUGAGAAACUUAAAGAGGAAUAUGUGAAUAAAUCUGAAAGACUGCAGAAAGAAUUCUCCCAGAAGGAGAAACAGCUGCUUCAGCUGGAAACAGAUUUGAAAAUAGAAAAAGAGUGGCGGCAAACCUUAGAAGAUGAUCUUCAAAAGGAAAAAGAAACUAUAUCUCAGCUCAGAAUAGACACCCAAGAAAUAAUUAACCUUAAAAAAGAGUUUCUUAAACUUCAGGAGAAGAACAGGCAACUGAAAAGGAUAUGUCAAGACCAAGAAGCAGCUCUCCAAGAACUGGCAUCCAAGCUUAGCGAAUCAAAGCUGAAAAUAGAAGAUAUAAAAGAAGCAAACAAAGCAUUGCAGGGACAGGUUUGGUUGAAGGACAAAGAAGCUACACACUGCAAGUUAUGUGAAAAGGAAUUUUCACUUUCCAAAAGGAAGCAUCAUUGUAGAAACUGUGGUGAGAUCUUCUGUAAUGCCUGCUCUGACAAUGAACUGCCUCUGCCUUCCUCGCCAAAGCCUGUUCGUGUCUGUGAUUCCUGCCAUGCGAUACUUAUACAGAGGUUGAUGUUUCACGGUAACUUCUGCUGGAACUUACAUCCUUAUUCUUCCAAUCUGUGUGGGAAAAUGUCGCUGAAGUAUCAUGUAAUGUAUUCAGAUUGCUUUUAUAUACGAUGUAAGUAAAAUUUCUGACCUGAACUAAAAGGCAAAUACUGUAUAAUGUUCUUUUCAGUCUUUCAUCAGCAUCAAACUAUGUAGAUGGCCUGCUUUUAGCAGGUUUUGGGACCAAACUGUCAUUUAUCCAUUAAUUCUGUAUUUGUUUUUCUACAAAAGCCUCUUCAUUUGACAUUGAUUAUCAUCUUGUGAUUCUAAAUCUUCUCUUACUGAGUAAAUGAAGACUCGUGCAGUACCUAAUCCAUUCCUCAAAAGAAACUCUGUAACUGUGUUCACAUAGCACCAGAGCUGCCUGUAUUAUAUUCUUCUUGGAAAACGGCUUAUGACUUAAAUGAGAGGAUGUUAGCGAGUAGAUGAAAAAUACACUUAUCCUUCUGUCCCUACAGUGAUUGUACUGGCUGCUCCACUUUAUUGCAAAGGCUAUUAAAUUUAUUAUCUGUAUAGUUUUACCUGCUUCUCUGAACUGAAAGGGAUAUCCUAGCUGAUUUCCUACUCUGCUGUCUAGCUGUUCUAAAUACUUUUGGGUGUUUCUGGGACAGGGACCUGUGCUUACAGUGUUGCACUGAAAAACAAAGGUGCUGUUUUCCUAUUUCACCUCUUCAACUAAGGUAUGUAGAGUGUGUGUGUGUGUGUGUUACUGUCUUCUCAGUAAUGUAAAUUCCUCUUGGAAAGGGUAACAUAAAACCACGCUACAGAAAACUUUCAAACACUAAACACCACUAGUUUUUUUCCCUACCUCUAGCAGAUUACAGGCUCUUCACAUGCCAGUGAAGAACUGUAACUGUGUAAAGGACUUCGAGUAGUAUUGUAGUGAAAUGACUAGUUGCUUUUUUCUCAGCCUGCAUAUAAACAGUUGAAGUUACAGUAUUCAAACUCUUAAAUACUUAUUAUUUACAAACUUUACCACUGUAAAGACUUUUCAAUUCUUCCAGUAGAAAAGCAGGUGGUUGCAGCUGGUCAGAUGCCCUCCUCUUCCCUCUGUUCCCUAGGAAGCUCAUUCCUGCAAGAGCUGGCACUCAUCACACACCUGCAGCAAGCCAGUGCUUCCAGGAACCAGUUCUGCAGAGAAGUGUACUCUUUACAGUGAAGAUUGAAAUAAAACUUUGUAUACAAUGAUAAAAUCUAAACCAAAAAACUUCUCCACUGAAGAAGCUUGUUUCAGGAGUUUUUUUUAAAAAAACCACCAAUUUCUCUGCCAUUUAAGUAUUGCUUAUAAUACUUGGAAGAUUCAAAGCUGAAUGCUGGGUUUUUUUUAAAGGGUGAAAUAACUGAAGCGAGGGGUCCACUUUCAUUUAAACAUGACGUGACAGGGCUAAGGAUCAAGCAUAGCAUAAUUUCAUUCUUCGAGACUCAAAUGUAGUGAAUCUCUUGCAGCUUACUUGGCUAUAAAGAAUAAUUUGAAGCUUAACUCAGAAGGUGAGGCUUAAAUAAGUACUGACAUGCUCCUUCUCAUAAAAUAGAAUGCAAAAUAUAAGUGAGGAUAUAUUACAGAGCUAUUUUAUGAAUAGCUUCUAUGCUAUGCUUUCUAUAGAAAAAAUAUUACAGCUUCUGUCAGGUGCAGAUAUCCUCUACUUCCCUGUAAGAUACUUUUUUUCAUGCAGCUUAACUCCUGCCCUGACCUUUGUGAUCUUAGUUUUAUGUAAGAUGUAAGCCUUUUCAGCAACUGACCAAAUAUCCACUGGUUACUGUUAAUGCCUUGUGAAAUCAUUGAUACAGUAACUGCAAAUCAUCUCCCCUCCCCUUCUCAUUCAAGAGAAAACUUCUUGUACUGGAAAGCUUUCUAUGCUACAUCAUUACUUUUUCAGUUAUUACCUCCAACCACUUUGACACAAGAACAUAUUCUCUAGUAAAAUAGACUCCAUUCUACUCUCUCCCACAAUAAGACAUUUAUUACAUAUAUAACACAGUACUAGCAAAACAGGUGACAGACUUUCAAUACCCAAGAUCACAUUUGACAUUGUAAGGAGGCAUUGAGGACAAGCAGUUAAUUUGGGAGAUCACACUGGCUCAGAAUAAAUAUGAAAUACCUUUUUUUAAUCACAGCAGGUAUGUUAAGUGUCUUCAAACAAUGUUUCUUACAUAUGUUACAUGUCAUAAAUGCACAAAAACUUUAUCAGGUGUUUUGGGUUGUGUUGAUUUAACAAAUAUUAGGCUUGCAUCCAUUUCUAUUUUAGAGGCAUUUGGCUUCUAAUUGCUCACCCAUGUAAUGGCUUGCCACGUUUUGAACAAAGAGAGACAAGUCAGCU